CCUCUGACGCAACUAUUCGUUCACCGCUUCUUCGACCCUGCUGCUCUUCACGCCCGUGGAAGAAAUGGCCGAUCGCGAUCCUUCCACCACUUGCCCUCCCCCGUCCUCCGCCUCCAUCUCGUCGCCGCCCACGUUCUGCUGCGCCUGCGGCGCCCCGACCGCCGCCCUGUCGUCCCCCCCGGCGUGGUCCGACUCCUCGCCCCCGCCGGUCUACCGCCCCAUCCGGGCCCCCGCAAUCAACGCCCCCUCCGCCACCGCCUCCAUCGUCCUCUCCCCUGUCCCCCAACCCCUCCCCGUACCCCCUGCCGAGCACCCCUUCCGCUUCGAGGUCCCGUCCAAGCGCAUCUCCUCCCCCGACGACAUCCGCCGCUUCCACGCCUCCGCGGCUGGCCGCCACUUCCUUGGCUUCAUCGCCGCUCUCUCCCACUCCGUCCGCGGCCGCAAGCUCUCCGAUCCCGUUCCCUCGCCCCUCCCCGCUACCCUCUCAGGCCUCCUCUCCAUCCUCCAAACCCUCGCCCGCUGGAUCGACGAGAUCCCUCCUCUCCCCCACACCGCCCGCUACGGCAACCCCGCCUACCGAUCCUGGCACGCCCGCCUUUCCGACGAGGGCCGCGGCUUAGUCCUGUCCCUCCUCCCCUCCGACGAACUCCACCCCGCUGUCGACGAGCUCCUUCCCUACCUCCUCGACUCCUUCGGCAACGCCUACCGCAUCGACUACGGGACCGGCCACGAGACCAAUUUCGCCGCCUUCCUCUACUGCCUCGCUCGCCUUGGGCUCAUCAAAGAAGAGGACUAUCCGGCCCUUGUCCUUCGGGCGUUCGCAGCCUACCUCGACCUUAUGCGGAGGCUGCAGACCGCCUACUGCCUCGAGCCAGCGGGGUCGCACGGGGUGUGGGGACUCGACGAUUACCACUUCCUUCCUUUCAUCUUUGGAUCCGCUCAGCUGAUUGAUCACAAGUACAUGAAGCCGAAGUCGAUCCACAACCAGGACAUCCUCGAUAACUUCUCCAAUGAGUAUAUGUACUUGGCAUGCGUUGCCUUCGUGAAGAAGGUGAAGAAGGGGGUGUUUGCGGAGCACUCGCCCAUGCUUGAUGAUAUCAGUGGUGUGCCGACGUGGAGCAAGGUGAACAGCGGCAUGCUGAAGAUGUACAAGGUUGAGGUGCUCGAGAAGGUGCCCAUCAUGCAGCAUUUCCUCUUCGGGUCGCUCAUCAAAUGGGAGUGAAGGCAGGCAGCUUCAUCAUCAGGCUUUUAUAUCAUAUCCUCUAUGGAUUCUUCAGGCAUCCAGUGAAAAUUCAAGAUCAUCAUCUACUUGCCCUAUGCUUUCAUAUGACUGGUUUUGCAUCAAACUGAACAACAAAUGAACUCGACUUCUUUGAUCUCCUCACAGGUUUUGUUUCCUCCCCUAUGUAAAUACAAGGAUAUAUUCAUAAAUGUCCAACUCAACCUUGGCCUA